AUGAAGAAAGGGACGGGCAGAGAGAGGGCGCCACGAGCAACAUGGCAAACAGGGCAGGGGAGAAGGGUCAGGGGGACCAGGAAGCCACAGGAAGAGCGAGCGAAGGGCACGGGCGAGGGAGCCAAGAGGGAGCCCAGAGGCAUGCGGGAGGCCGACGGAGGAGGGGGAGGUGGGGCGGAAGGAACAGGGGAAAACGGGAGGGCAAACGGCGGGGGACGAGGAGAACAGGCGAGCACGCAAGGGCCGGGAGGAGCCGGGGAGGGCGGCAGAAGAGGAAGCAGGAGAGGCAGAGAAGCAAAGGGGGGAAACGCGCUCGGAGGGAACAGGAAGACAGGCCGAAGAACAGACACAGGCGGAAACAAAAGCUGGGGAGAAAGAGGGAACAAGGGGGAGGAAAGGCGG